AUGACUGCAAAACCACACAUCCACCCGCGAAAAUCUAUUGGUAACUACUGGCUAGGAAAGACGCUUGGUCAUGGCUCAUCAGGAUGUGUGAAAUUAGGCUUCCAUAAAACAACCAUGGAGAAAGUCGCAAUCAAGAUUAUAUCCAAAGCCUACCUGCAGACCUCCGAGAUUUUGGCAAAUGCCACCAAGCGAGAAAUGGCUAUUCUCAAGUUGGUUCGACAUCCUAACGUCGUUCGCUACAUUGACGCUGUAGACGAUCCAAACGUUCCAUACGUCUAUAUCAUUAUGGAAUACGUUGAAGGUUGUGAGCUGUUUGACUAUUUGAUCAAAUGUAGACGCAUCAAUGAACCAGAGGCACGUCAUAUUUUUUGGCAAGUCUGUGUUGCCGUCGACUGGUGUCAUCAACGCAAUAUUUGCCACAGAGAUUUAAAACCUGAAAAUAUCUUACUUACCACGUCCAAGCAAAACGUCAAACUUGUUGAUUUUGGAAUGGCCUCAAUGCAGCCACCAACCUCUCUCUUACGGACUAGUUGUGGAUCACCACAUUAUGCCUGUCCUGAAAUCGUUACAGGAAAAAGCUAUGACGGGCGGCUGGCCGACGUCUGGUCAUGCGGUGUCAUUCUUUUCGCAUUACUUAGCGGACGUCUACCUUUUGAAGACAACAGCGUGCGAAACUUGCUGCACAGGAUUAAGAGUGGCCAGUACGUCAUGUCAACUUAUUUUUCUGAUGAUGCCCGAGAUCUGAUAAGCCGUAUGUUGACAACGGAUCCAAAGAAGCGAAUAAAGAUGGACGAAGUGUUAAGGCAUCGUUUCUUCGCGAAGGAGGAUAAUUACCAAUAUCCACAAAAUGCCUUUGAUGAAGUGUAUCAAACUGGCCAAGAGGUUGACCAAGAAACGAUAAAUGUCAUGAAAGUCCUACUACGAUCUCAGACCGAGGAAUCAAUUCGAGCGGCGUUGAUGAGUGAGAGGUAA